AAGAUUUUCAGGUAAUAUCUGAUUGGCUGAUUCGUGUCUUAUAUUAUCGGCGGUUUGUUUGUAAUUGUACCACACUACUGCCACCGUGAAAGCUGGAAAAAAACCCAACAGCUUAACCUAACUGAAAAACUAUCCAGCCACUCAGCUAGACUGAGCAAUUACUCCCCGAGGAAUGAUGGAUGAUUCUUCGAAACGCUUACUGCAGCGGCUUAUGAGACGGAUACCGACUCAACUGCUAAGAACAACGCUGGAGAAGUGGGGCCGUUUGACGAGGGAACAGCUGACGUCCAUGGAUUUUAUUCAGUCCAAAUGGGCGUUAACAGAAAAACUACUCGACAUAUGCCAAGAAAAUGAGUUGGCAGUUAAACACCUCACAGAACUCGAGAUGAUAUAUAUCAUUGAUAAUCCAAACCAGGGGAUGUGGCAUGCAUUCCAGCUCAUGGACCCUGAAGAUGAUGCUCACUCUGUAGAGCUGACACAGUUCAAGGACCAAUUUAAAUCUCACCUCAGCGAGCUCGUAAGAACUGUGUCUAUCAAAAUGAAGAAGCACACAGAUGAAGCUGUGUGGAUUCGGAUUGCGUGGGGAGACGCCUUUUCUCGACCAAACCACCAGAAACCGACGUAUGUUGUUCACUAUCUUCAAACGCCUUAUGUCUUUGUGACAAGCCUGCCUUCAAAGAAAAAGCCCCUGUUAUCCCAGGCCUUGGUUCUGUCCACCAGAUAUCAAGCUAUCAAGGAUGCUAACCUCAGUGGACCGAAACUCGGUGCCAUUAGGGACCUCCUGAUGAGACAAUAUCAACACGUGUUUCCCACCAAGUAUCCCAGCCCUCCUGAUGAAAAUAAUCAAGCUCUCUCAAACCCACAAAUAGAGAGAGAGCAAGCUGAGGCUGCAGCAACCAGACUUCAGAUGGCCUGUGAAGCCUUCGGUGGUGGGACGUUACCUCAGAUACAGUCUGCAGUUUACAAGCUGGAGACAAAAUUCAGAGACCACACCAACAAGACCAUGACAGAGCGGGAGGAGCCCUUCAAUUGUGUUGUCAAAUUUGCAAGCAACAAUCUGCUGGAGUCAUUCAGACACUGUGCAUCUUCAGGAAUUGCCUCUACGCCUCUCACACCUCUGCUCUCAUCAAUCCCCCUUAAAGGAAGGAAUUAUUUUGUCAUCAGUGACAACGGCCCUGGUCCCUCUUCACAAACACGCCAACCACAGAACUGAUUGGUGACAUACCCUUAAUUUAAAGGAGUCACAGUGUGGCCUGCCAUAUCAAGUCCACCCAUAGUUUUCUUUUACCAUUCUGUUUUUAACCGCCUCAGAAUCAAUUAGAGAUAGUUUGGAUUUAAUGAUGUGGGGCUGUAUGAGGUACUUAUCCAGUCAGUGUAUUACCCACAGUAGAUGGUGGUCGACAUGGACUCAAUUUGGAGAAGCAGGCUGGAGUACCAACACAAAAGCUAAAGCAAUCUACUGCUAUUCUAAAUAUAGCUGAUAUUUAUAUUUUAUUUUGGGUGGCUAAAAUGCUGCUGUCCCCGUCCACAGCAGUACAUUACUUAGCUUCCGUGCCUGUCCUGCCUGCUUAAAACUGGGGUCAUGUUGACCCCAGUCCACUGUUAGUAAAACACUGAUUGUGGACCUCAUAGAGCCAUCUUUAAAGAAUCUGAACUAUCCUUUAUUUUGUCUUUGUGGGCUAAUAGUUGUAAAUAUGUCAUUAGUUGGCAAUUGAGUAUUGUCAUUUUUUUCAUCUUUUGUUGGUGUUUAAGUGUCAGAAUGUUACUGCCAUUAAAUGUAUUAUAUGUCCAUAUUGAAUAUAAAAACAGGAUUUGGAAUAUU